UUCACCCUCUCCAUAUUCUAUAAUAAUACCCUUCUCUAUAACUCUUCCAUUUCUCAUUCAAUUAUUAAUUCCUUUGCUAUAACAAAGUAUAGUUAAGUCCAUAUCUCGCCGUUUACCAUGGACUUAAACUACCCAGAAGAGUGCUACUCCAAGAGCUCAAGCGAAGAAACCAACGAUGAUAUGGGAAUUGGAAGAUCCUAUGAGUGCAUCUAUUGCAAGAGAGGCUUCACCACAGCCCAAGCCUUAGGUGGACACAUGAACAUACACAGAAAAGAAAGGGCAAACAAGACCAAACCCAGUUUCCAACCUCCUUCUUCGAGUUCAAACAACGUUGAUGACAUCAACAACUAUGCAGAUCUCGGGUUCUAUUCACAGAUUCCAAGCCUCUCAUCCACUGCUCCUAUUGAUGCUAAUAGCUACCGUGAAGUUUUCUUUCCUACUACCACUGCAUCAAGUGUUAGGCCUUCUUCCCAUGGUGAGGUUUUGUGUGUGGAAAACCAACGGGGUCAUCACGUGUUUGAGCAAGAUUGGAGGAAGAGAAAUUUGAGCUUGUACAGUACUAAUCCGUUGUGUUUUCAUGAAAUUAAAGAUAAGUUUGAAGAGAGUGAAGAGAAUGGCCUGGAUUUGGAGCUGAGGCUUGGUUAUCUUCCAUAGCAUGCAUAUACACACAUAUAUAUCAUGCUAUAUAUAUCCAUCAAGCAUAUAUAUAGAUGUAUAAUGAUGUAUAUAUCAGAUGGGAGCACGUAGUCACAAGAGAGAAACUAAUUUUGACCAUAUAAUCUAAUGGAUUAUAUGAUCAAGUUAAUUAUUCCUCUUACUUCACACACCUCCAUUUUGAUAUAUAUAGAAUGUAUAUGCCUUUUGGGCUCUAUCUUAAGACAUUUCUAUAGAGAUGCAUCAUGCAUGGCUUGAAGCAGCAGGAAGUCAAAGCUCUUGGGGCUUCUUAUGAGAAAGGUACUACUCAAAUAAUUUUUCUCAUGAAAUAAUGUCUAGCACUGAAUCUCACUACCCAUGAUUUUACACCAGAAGUACUACUGAAGUUACUAAUUAUGUGAAUGUUUCUUUUUGGUACUCAUUUUUGUUCAGUUUUUUGGUACGCAGUUUCUUGCUUGUUAAUUACAAUGAAAAUUAGGUAAUUAUUUAUGAAUUGCAGCUUUUUUUUUUUUAAGAAAUCUCUUAGCAUAUAAUACAAAAACUGUGUCCAUAAUAUAUAGUAAAAUAUAAUUCUGUUUCUCGAC